GUUUCAUACCAUUUCCUGUUUCCGGAAUUCCGAACGAACUGACUGACUGUCGGCGAAUGAGAUAAACAAAGGCAUUAAAGACUCAGUGACUUUUGAGAAUUUUAUAAUUAUACAGCAACCCUCUCUGGAAACAUGGACGCGGGCCUCAGUCAGGAUAAGGUAUCUUCCUUUGUGAAGCGUUUCCGUUCGGAGCCUCGGUACCUGCUGGCUCAGAAUGUGUCCACCUGCAUCGAUCCGCUGGAGGUGUGUCUCCACAGGCAGACAGUGCAGGACACAGUGCACAUCUUCCAGCAUUCCAUACCCACAGAGGGCAAGCCGGUCACCAAUCAGAAGAACUCAGGGAGGUGUUGGAUUUUCUCGUGCCUCAAUGUGAUGCGACUUCCUUUCAUGAAGAAGUUCAACAUCGAAGAGUUUGAGUUCAGUCAGUCGUAUCUCUUUUUCUGGGACAAGGUGGAACGCUGUUAUUACUUCUUGCAGGCCUGCGUGGAGACCGCUCUGAGGAAGGAGGCCGUUGACGGCCGAUUGGUCCAGUUCCUGCUAUCCAAUCCCACCAAUGAUGGUGGACAGUGGGACAUGUUGGUCAACCUCAUUGAGAAAUAUGGAGUCAUCCCAAAGAAGUGCUUCCCAGAGUCCCACAGCUCAGAGGCCUCUCGAAGAAUGAACGACAUCCUCAAUCACAAGCUGAGAGAAUACUGCCUAAGACUGAGAAACAUGGUGGCGAGUGGCUCCACCAAAGACGAGCUGUCUGAGGCCAUGGACACCAUGAUUGAGGAGGUGUUCCGAGUGGCCAGUGUGUGUUUGGGCAGCCCCCCGGAGACCAUCUGCUGGGAGUACAGGGACAAGGACAAGGCUUUCCACCGGAUGGGUCCCCUCACACCCCUGGAGUUCUACCGGGAGCACGUCAAGCCCCUCUACAACAUCCAAGACAAGGUCUGCCUUGUCAACGACCCUCGACCUCAGAACCCCUACGGGAAGUUAUACAGCGUGGAGUUCCUGGGCAACAUGGUGGGAGGACGCAGUACCCUCUACAACAACCAGCCCAUCCACCUGCUGAAGCAGGCCGCUGCCGGCUCCAUCAAGGAUGGAGAGGCAGUGUGGUUUGGCUGUGACGUAGGCAAGCACUUCCAUGGCAAGCUGGGCAUCAACGACAUGAACGUGUUUAAUCAUGAGCUGGUGUUUGGGAUCUCAGUGAAGAACCUGUCGAAGGCGGAGCGGCUGAUCUAUGGAGAUUCCCUGAUGACUCACGCCAUGAUCCUCACUGCAGUCACUGACAAGGAUGGAAAGGAUGGAAGUUAUGAGAAGUGGCGAGUGGAGAACUCGUGGGGUGACGACCGUGGGAAUAAAGGCUACCUGAUCAUGACCGACGAGUGGUUCUCUGAGUACGUCUACGAGGUUGUGGUGGACAAAAAGUACCUCGACGAAGAAGUCCUGGCCGUCAUGCAGCAGGACCCAGUUGUACUUCCGGCUUGGGAUCCAAUGGGAGCGUUGGCAUAACCGUGGAAUCCGAGCGUGCCAGCCAAUGAAAUCUCAGCCUGGUCUGAUUGACUCCGCCCCACCUCUCUGGUUUUUACCCAACCAACUGACUCCCAAAACAGCCUGCUCUAGACAAAAAAAUAAUAAAGUUUUUGUUUUUCUUUUUUUUACUGGA